CUGUUUUCAAGAGUUGGCUCUGAGAAUCUGUUUGUUUGCUGAUGUCUGGCAGCAUGACAUCUGUUACAGGUCUGAACAACAAUGAAUAUCAGAUAGCAAGAGGACAGGUACUGAACCGCAAUACAGGACUGGACAAGACUUGCAAUUUUGUGAAGGCAGAUUUCAUGAAAAUGCCAUUUCCUGACAAUAGUUUUGAUGCAAUAUAUGCAAUUGAGGCUACCUGCCAUGCUCCAGAUCCGGUUGGCUGCUAUAAAGAGAUUUAUAGAGUAUUGAAGCCUGGUCAGUGUUUUGCUGCGUAUGAGUGGUGCAUGACCAAUGCCUUUGAUAUCCGUAACAAAGGACACCAAAAAAUCAAGGCAGAAAUAGAGCUUGGUAAUGGUCUCCCUGAUGUCAGGGCUACAGGACAAUGCCUUGAUGCUCUGAAGCAAGCAGGUUUUGAAGUCAUAUGGGAUAAAGAUCUUGCUGCAAACUCACCCAUCCCUUGGUACUUGCCUUUGGAUAAAAGUCACUUCUCACUGAGUAGCUUCCGUCUAACAGCCGUCGGACGUUUUGUUACCAGAAACAUGGUCAUGGCUCUAGAAUAUACAGGACUUGCCCCUAAGGGAAGUCAAAGGGUUCAAGCUUUCUUGGAGAAAGCUGCAGAAGGGCUAGUUGAUGGUGGAAGGAAGGAGAUCUUCACACCAAUGUAUUUCUUCUUGGUUCGGAAGCCUCAUUUGGAUAGGCAGUAAUGCUGAAGUAUGCAUUAAUCAACAAGCUGAUGUAUUAGUGAAGCUUUCUGGUAAUUCUGGCCAGUUAGAGGUUUUUGUCCAGUUUGCAUGUUUUUGGGUUUUUUUAGGUUUCCAAGUUGAUUGUCAUAGUUUCCUGUGACUAGUUUGCUGUUUAACUAAAUUUAUUUUCUGUUUCUUUGCUUAUCAAAAUUCAUAAAUUAUGUAAUGUGUGAAAUUUUCCUUACCUAGCACAGUGGUUUUGUGCUGACUUAAUUGAUUUGUUGUUCUCAUUCUUAAGCU